AUGAGGUGCAUAUCUUGCAAUGGCAGAUACGACGCCGGCACCUGCAAGAAGUGCCACGAGGACCUCAAGAACUGCCACGAGGACCUCAAGAAGUGCCACGAGGACCUGAAGGCCAAGGUCGCUUUUCUCUCGACGUCCCAGCCAGAUUCCUUCUCCGACGUCAUUCUGUUUGCCGCCGACGGCGGGUCUGCCCAGGCCGCUGUACCCGUUCGGGCCCAUAAGGCCGUUUUGGUGAGCCGUUCUCCGGUGUUCAAUGCCAUGCUUGAGAAUGAGAUGGAAGAAAGCCUGAGUGGCACCAUCAAGAUCCGCGAUGUAUCCUACCCCACCCUUCGUGCCUUCGUCAACUACCUCUACACAACUGAGGUGGUAUGCCUUGACCAGCAAUUGGCAUGUGACCUCCUAGUAAUGGCUGAAAAAUACCAGGUGCACCAUCUCAAAGAUUUGUGCCAGAAGUUCUUGGUGGCCAACCUCAACUGGGAGAAUUCUUUUUCGAUCUACACCUUCGUGCACCAGCAUAACGCCAAGAAGAUCAUCGACGCAGCCUUGACGUUGAUCAUAGACAACAUGGACAAGCUUACUGCCCGGGAGGAGUAUGCUGAGCUGAAGGAGAAGGAUCCACAACUUGUAUUUGAAAUCUAUGAAGCUUAUCUCUCCAAACAGGUUAAUAAAGCAGCAGCACAGAAGGGUUCUUCGGCUUCGUAUCCUCCCAAAUUUAAUUGGGGAGGAAUGUACAUUGGAGAUUAUGAAGAGCCUCCGGAGUAAGACUGAAUCAGCUUAUCUCUCCCUAAACUGCAUACGAUGUGUGCAAUUUUUCAGUUUUCGAAAUCCCUGAAGCUUAGGCUGCAGCAGCGCAGAAGGGUUCUGCUUCUGCGGAGUUUAAGGUUAAAACUGCAGCAGUCGAGGUUCAUUCCUCAGUUACUUGUGUAUAUCCACAGCCCAUAAGAUAUCAUCGGUUG